AUAAAACAUAGUUGCAUUCUCUUCUUCGUCACAAAAAUCAAUUGUUUCUUAGAUUUCAUUUUCUUCUGGUUGCAGUCUCCUUAUCAUAAAAUGUCUACGACAGCAGCUGCUGUAGCAUGGGAAGCAGGGAAGCCUCUGGUGAUAGAGGAGGUGGAGGUGGACCCACCCCAGGCCAUGGAAGUGAGGAUCAAGAUCAAGUACACUUCCCUUUGCCACACUGAUCUAUAUUUCUGGGAGGCGAAGGGUCAGGUGCCAUUAUUUCCUCGCAUCUUUGGCCAUGAAGCUGCUGGGAUCGUAGAGAGCAUGGGUGAGGGUGUGACCGACCUUCAAGUUGGAGACCAUGUACUCCCUGUAUUCACCGGGGAGUGCAAGGAGUGUGCUCACUGCAAGUCUGAGGAAAGCAAUAUGUGUGAACUCCUCCGAAUAAACACAUAUAGAGGAGUGAUGCUUAAUGACGGGAAAUCCAGGUUCUCAAUUAAUGGGACCCCUAUUAAUCACUUUCUUGGCACAUCGACCUUUAGUGAGUAUACAGUUGUACACUCAGGCUGCCUCACGAAGAUUGAUCCUUCUGCUCCUCUUGACAAAGUUUGCAUCCUCAGUUGUGGCAUUUCAACAGGUUUGGGAGCUGCUUUAAAUGUAGCUAAACCAAAGAAGGGUUCUUCAGUCGCCAUCUUUGGGUUGGGAGCUGUAGGGCUCGCUGCUGCUGAAGGGGCAAGGAUUGCUGGUGCAUCAAGAAUUAUGGGCGUCGACCUGAACCCGAAAAGGUUCGAGGAAGCCAAGAAAUUUGGAGUUACUGAAUUCGUGAACCCUAAAGACCACAAUAAACCAGUGCAAGAGGUGAUUGCAGAAAUGACUAACGGCGGAGUGGACCGUAGCAUAGAGUGCACAGGCCACAUCGAUGCCAUGAUAUCCGCCUUUGAAUGCGUUCAUGAUGGAUGGGGUGUAGCUGUUCUAGUGGGAGUCCCCAACCAAGAUGCAGUUUUCAAAACCAAUCCCAUGAAUGUGUUGAAUGAGAGGACUCUUAAAGGAACUUUCUUUGGUAACUACAAGCCUCGGACUGAUCUCCCAUCUGUUGUCCAUAUGUACAUGAGGAAGGAACUGGAAUUGGACAAGUUCAUUACACAUAGGGUCACUUUCUCCGAGAUAAACAAGGCCUUUGAUUACAUGAUUAAGGGGGAGAGUCUGCGGUGUAUUAUUAGUAUGGAAGAGUAGGUAAGGUGGUUUGAUGGACUACGUUAGUGCAUGCAACCUUUAUAUGAGGUUUGAUGUAUGUGUUAUGUUUUAUAGAGUAGUAUACCAUUUUGGGUGAUACUGCGGUCUUAGGUGGUCGCUCAUCUGGAGGUUUGUUUGGUGUUGUUUGACAGAUGGGUCCAUAUGAAUAAAUGUUGAGUUUGUUGGGUUUCUACGACUUGUGAGGCAUGUUGGGAUGUGUGGAGCUGAAGUGGCAGUCUGAAAAGUGGUUUGACUUAUCUUCA